AUGAGAAAGAGGGUUUGGAUUAACUCUGGUGAUAUCAUUUUAGUAUCCCUGCGGGACUAUCAAGACAGCAAGGCGGAUGUCAUUGCGAAAUACACCCCUGACGAGGCAAGGAGCCUGAAAACGCACGGAGAAUUGCCCGAAACUGCCAAAAUCAACGAAACGGACAUUUUUGAUGACGACGCACAGAACGGAGUCGAAUUUUUGGACGAUGAAUCUGACGAGGAGGCCCAAGAAGAAAUGAACAACGCGAGAAAAUUGGAAAUAGAAGACGUAAAUAUAACGACAAGGAAGGGAGCAGAAGAUGCCCACAAUUUGUAUUCACAUGUGCGUCGCGGAAGAAUCGAAUUAAUUAUUUUCCGUUUUGUUUGA